AUGCUUGGUGACAAGGGAGACACACCCCUCUUGCUCAACAAGUCGCCGGCUACUGGCGAUGUUGGUGUCAUCGUGGACCACACGAGUGACACAAAGCGGGAUAUCCAAGCUUCUUCAAACGCGACAAGCCUGAGAACUGCCCCUCACAGCCUUUAUCGCGAUGAGCGGUGGUUCACAGGUAAAGCGCCAUAUGCAGGAAUCUGCCCCGGUGUCAAUGAUUCCGGUAUCAUCUCCUCUCUACCACUCCCCAAUCUGGCCACAAGCGGACAACCCGAAUUGCUGCAGUACUUUGACAACACAUGGACACUGCAAGAGACCCUUUUCGCGGGUCUGCGCACGAGGGCAGCGUUUUAUCGCCAGCCGGACCACAAGUUGAGACACCCCCUCAUCUUUUAUUAUGGGCAUCCCGCGGCUUUCUACAUCAACAAACUGAGAGUUGCGGGCUACCUCAACAGCCCUAUCAACGCCCACUUGGAAGCUCUUCUUGAGGCCGGCGUGGACGAAAACUCCUGGGAUGACCUCGCCAAGGACGUGACGGACUGGCCGGCAGUCGAGGAGGUUCACGAGUACAGGGCCAAAGUGUAUCGCCUAGCCCGCGAAGUCAUUGCCACGACCAAGUUCGCAACCGAACUUGGCCGGCCCAUAAAUAUGGAUGACCCAGCGUGGGCUAUUGUUAUGGCCUUUGAGCACGACCGGAUUCACCUUGAGACGAGCUCCGUGCUCAUGCGAGAACUACCAGUUGACCUGGUUUCUCGUCAUCCCGCCUGGCCAGGACCAACAGCGGCGGCUCGCACAUCACGGGAGGAGCGACUUCUGCCCGCCAACGAAAUGGUCAGCGUCCCAGCCGGAGAGGUGUCCCUGGGGAAGCCGAACGACUUUCCCUCGUUUGGAUGGGACAACGAGUAUGGCAGCCAGCGCCUCAAGGUUGGCGCCUUCCAGGCCAGCCGGUAUCUCAUCAGCAACGGCGAGUUCUACGAUUUCGUCGUCUCCGGAGGGUACCGUGAAAGGCGGUUCUGGAGUGAUGACGGAUGGGGCCAGGUGCGGCUGCACAACAAGAAAUGGCCCCGUUUCUGGGUGCUGGAUGGGCCUGCUGGCCUGCACGAGUACCGCCUCCGCACGGUCUUCGACGUGAUACCUAUGGCCUGGGACUGGCCGGUCUGCGUCAACUACCACGAGGCCAAGGCCUUUUGCUCGUGGCGCAGCGAGCGGUCUGGAACGACGCUCCGAAUCAUGACCGAGGCCGAGCAUCACCGCAUGCGAGACCCGCUGCCUGACAACCCAGGCUGCAAAGACGACAUGGCUAUGCACAGUGAUGGGCACCAGCUGGCCCGCCAGGGCAUCAACCUGAACCUCGCCUUUGGCUCUGAGACACCAACGGAUGGGUCCCCGUUGAGCGCUUCCGGGUUCGGCGACGUCUUCGGCAACGUAUGGCAAUGGUGCGAGGACGCCUUCGCUCCGCUGCCGGGCUUCGCCGUGCACCCUUACUACGAGGACUUUAGCACGCCGUUUUAUGAAGGGCAGCACCAACUGUUGUUGGGCGGGUCGUUUAUCGCCACCGGCGAUGAGGCGAGCAUCUGGGGCCGGAUCCCGUUUCGGCCCCACUUUCUCCAGCAUUCGGGCAUCCGUCUGGCCCGCUCCGUCGCCGAGCCCGCCGGAAACGGGGCCGGUACGCGUAACGGAACAGGCACACGCAACGGUGUCCGCGAGAGCAACGGCACCACAGCGCGCAAUGGAGUUAGCAGCUACAGUGGUGAUGGUGAUUGUGAUGUCACUCGCGCCUUCAACCAGUGCAUGUUGCUUCACUAUGGCUCUCUGGCCGAGACGGUUGGCCCCGCUCUCCCAGCUGUAAGCUGGAUGGAGCUGGCCCAUGGCUUCGUGCAACGGGUUGUCAACCUUCUUGUCGAAACGGCCCAGGCUCAGGGCCUUGAACUUCGUUCAGCCCUCGACGUGGGUUGUGCCGUUGGCGGCGCAUCGUUUGCCCUCACCCAGCAUUUCAGCAGCGUGGUCGGAGUCGACGAAGACCAGGUGUUCAUCGAAACAGCGCGUGCCAUGGCCCGGGCAGGAAAUCAGGCGUACCAGCGCUAUGACCGUGGCCAGAGGGUUACGAACCUAUUGGCUCGUCUGAACACCUCUGUGCGUCCCGAGCGUGUGUCUUUCCAGCUCGCCGAAGCCAGCAUCCUGCCGACCGGCAUCGGUAGUUUCGACGCAGUGCUGGCCGUCGAUCCGCUUGUCGAUCUGCCUGAAGAGUUCCAGGCCUUAGAGUCUGUUCUUCAGCAAAUGCCCAUAAGGACUGCUUCCGGCAAGCCGGGUCUUAUUGCUGAAGGUAGACUUGCCGCCGUUGUCGACAGCGAGCUUCCCGACCUCACAGCCCAGGUCGACCUGUACAGAGAUGACCUCCGUGUCAUAUGCGCACUUUUCCGGGAUUACUGCUUCCUCGCGUCGGGGUAUCUGCUGGAGCCAUGCCAUAGACGCUUCAUGAAAAGCCAGGAGUAUGGGGUUGGUCGACCAUCCCUACCCAAGCAGAUUGCGCGGCCUUUCGUUCGUUGUUCGGAGAUUGCUGGCUUCAAACCGUUCCUAGAGUUUGCUUCAUACGUUCUGCUCAAUUAUCGCCUAGAUGACCCUGCGAAGGGCAUGGAUUUCUCCAACCUGCGCCUGGUUCGAGCAUAUGAGCAUGGACUCGACCCUUCUUCAUCAGAAUCUGGCUUUAUUCUUGUACACCUCAGCAUGGUCAAACUUUCGGGACCGCUCGUUCACAGUACUCUGAAGGCUUUCGAGGCGGCGUCGAAGGCAACCACUCCACUCGGCACCAUUGAGGAGCGAACUUUGCUCAAUGAAGCACUGUCUUCUAUGGUCCAAGCAGUCUCAAAUCUGAACGUGCUCAUGAAGAGUAUAUACGAAAGGUCAAAGCCGAGCGAGUACAACAACUUUCGCACGUUCAUGUUUGGCAUUGCCUCGGAGUCGAUGUUCCCCAACGGCGUGAUCUACGAGGGCUACAAUAACGAUGAACCGGUCUUUUUCCGAGGCGAGACCGGAGCCAACGACGCAAUGAUACCGCUUCUAGACAAUUUCCUCCAAAUACCUAUGCCAGACACACCCCUGACGGAGAUCCUCCACGAGUUCUCUGAGUAUCGGUCGUGCAAGCACAAAGCAUUUCUCAUCUUUGUCAAAGAACGCUCAUUGGAGCUGGACAUCAAGAAAUUCGCCCUGGGUAGUGUCGCUAUUGCGGACUGCGAGGAGAUGAGUGAUUUGGUGCGAGAGUCUCGCAGCUUAUGGCUUCAAGUUCUCAACCAAGUUCGGGAAUUCCGUUGGCGCCACUGGUGUUUAGUGAAGGAGUACAUCCUCAAGCGCUCAAGCCACCCCACAGCAACGGGCGGUAGCCCGAUUGUGACGUGGCUGCCAAACCAGCUGGAUGCUGUCCUCGAAGACAUGGUGCAGGUAGACGCCACGUCUAGAGAACACGAUCCCAGGGGCCUGGGAAAGGUGUGUGAUGGCAUCAUGGAGGUUGUCUUUAGACAAAAAGAUACACUGAGGAAGGAAGUAGAAAAGUAUUGCGCCGAUCGGGGAUAG